ACACAUUCAGUCUCAAUAAAACACCUGAUUGGAAAGGCAAAAGAUUAAAACGUGAAAAUGACAGCGUAGGAGAGUCCAGCAACUCAACUAAAUGACAAAAGUCUACAGUCGAAAGGACCAAUUGCUGUUCACUGCAUUGAAAGAAGAAUAUAAUGAUAAUCUAUAUCACUGUAUAAAACAAUCUAUCGAGGCAAAGGAAGAUAUAGAAGAUCUCAAACGGUUCAUCAUAUCUUCAUCUCGAGUUUCAAAAGGUAUGGUCACUCGUGCGGAAAGAAGAAUUAAUGCUGAGGCUGCUGAAAUCGAGCAUUUGAUAGCCAGGAAGAAGAAAGAAAGGACAGGAUUCGAACGCUGAAUAGAUCUUGUAAACAACAACUUUGACAUUAUCGCUUCAAACAUCCGAAGAGACAUUAAAGGAAAAGAUUCUAGAAGUGGUACGGGUAGUGCUAGUC